GUAUACGGUGGUGUGUUGAAUCGCGUACUGUGUGUGAAAAUCUGUGAUUUUGCCCCCAAUCUUGCCUUCUGCAGUUACGUGUUUCGUUUCCUGAAGACUGAAUUCCCAUAAAUUUGGUUGUUCAACAAUUUAACUGCUAUUCUUUCCCCGUACCGUUGAGUAUUCUCCUACGCCUGUUCCUGGCCUCGUAUAGGCCAGAAGGACUACGUCCCUGUUCUGUUCCAACCGUAAAUUGAUCGUGGGACCGUCUGGAAGGAUCGAAUAUUGCGACCCUUUAAAAGAUGAGCUCGUCUUCCUACAAAAGCGUUCCUGUUUACUCGGAUAAUUCAACGAGAAUGUGGAACAACGAUGAGAAUCGCCGAGGCGGUGCCGGAGCACCAGGAGGAAGCGCCGGUGGCCGAUCAUCCAACACAAAAAUCGAACAGACACAACGGCAGGUUAAUGAAGUUAUCGAUGUUAUGAAGGACAAUGUUAAUCGAGUACUGGAACGAGGCGAUCGUUUAGCUGACCUGGAUGAACGCGCCGAUGCACUGCAGUUCGGCGCUCACCAAUUCCAGGCCACUGCGAAAAAGGUCAAACGCAAAUAUUGGUGGAAGAAUCUGAAGAUGUGGAUUAUUAUUGGUGUGAUUGUCAUUGUCAUUAUCGCCAUCAUUGCAAUAUAUUUUGGAACUAGUAAUCCGGCAACAACAGUUGCCCCAUCUGUGACCUCACCGCUUCCUGUGACAACUGUUGCGUCUACCCCUGCAUCUCAUGCACCAACGGGAUGAACACUGGACGGAAUGAUUCAGAACCGGGAUAAGCGUUUUCUUGCGGCUGCUUUGUAAAUUCCCGUUUUUAAUUGAUUAAGUUUGGCUUAUGUGGGUAUUUGCGUGAAAAGUUUCUCGAUAUUGUAACUUGUCUGAUUACAGUUAUUUUUAAACAUUAUCGGUUUAAUUACUGUCUUUAAUCAUCUGUAACGUUACGGUUCUGUUUUUACUAUCUAAUCUAAUAUUCGUGACUCUUAUAUACGAUCUUGUUGAUUAAAUAUUGUAAUCUUUGCUAA